CACAGCCCAUGGACGGAGCCUCCCGUGGUGCUCACAGCUCACACUGGGGAUUGAAGCUCGGAGUCGCCGCCCGGACCCACGCCAGGGCCGGGACAGGCACCGCCAUUCCUGCAGCGGCUUCUACUCCGGCCGCUCCCGCCCCGCUCGGCCCACAGAGAGCAAUGGCGGCGCCCGCGCUGAGGAAACGUGCUGAGGUUGGCGUGACCUUUGAGGACAUUGCCCUGUACUUCUCCAGGGAGGAAUGGAGCCUCCUUGAUGAGGGUCAGAGACAGCUGUACCUGAAUGUGAUGCUGGAGAACUUUGAACUUGUAUCCUCGCUGGGUUGCUGCUGUGGAGCAGAGAAUGCGGAGGUACCGACGGAACAGAACGCUCCUGUAAGAGUGUCACAGGCCAGGAAUCGCAAGUUAGCCUUGUCUUCCCAGAAGAGCCACCCCUGUGAGAGUUGUGGACUCGUCUUGAGAAGGAUUUUCCACUUGACUGAGCUGCAGGGAACACAACAUGGACAGAUACAGCUGAGGUGUGGGGCAUGUGCAAAACAAUUUUAUUUCAGUGCAAAAUUUCAGCAGCAGCAGCAUGUGAGAGAGAACACUUUCAUUAGGGGUGUGGAGAGGAUGUCACUUGCAAAGAUCUGCAAUUUCAAUGUGUCCCAGAAUGAUUUCACCUGUGGGGAGGUUGGGCAGGGCACACUCUCCUGGUCAGGGCAUCUCUACCUAAAGGCUGAUCAGACCAGGGACAGGCCAAAUAAUAUUUCCAUGGGUGGUUUGAAGUUUCAAAGGAGAAAAGAUUUUUACACCAGAAAAGAAUGUGAGGAAGAUCCUGGAAGCAGUUAUCUUCGUCCUCAUCAGAGAGUUCGGACUGGAGAAAAGCCUUAUAAAUGUAGUGAAUGUGGGAAAUCUUUUACCAAUAGCAGAGGCCUCCAUCAUCAUCAAAGAUUUCACACCGGAGAGAAGCCUUAUAAAUGCAAUGAAUGUGGGAAAUCUUUUACCCGGAGGCCUGUCCUUCAUAAACAUCAGAGAAUUCAUACAGGUGAAAAGCCUUAUAAAUGCAGUGAAUGUGGGAAAUCUUUUACCCAGAGCACUUCCCUUCGUUGUCAUCAGAGAGUUCAUACAGGAGAAAAGCCUUAUAAAUGCAGUGAAUGUGGGAAAUGUGUUGCAAGGAUUUAUGAUCUCCAGUAUCAUAUGAGAGUGCACACAGGAGAAAAGCCUUAUAAAUGCAGUGAGUGUGGGAAAUCUUUCAGAUGGAGCAGUGGUCUCCAAUAUCAUCAGAGAGUUCACACUGGAGAAAGGCCUUAUAAAUGUUGUGAAUGUGGAAAAUCUUUUGCAAGUAGCAGUAAUCUCCAAAAUCAUCAGAGAGUGCACUCUGGAAAAAGGCCUUAUGAGUGCAAUGAAUGUGAAAAAUCUUUUAUCAAUCAGUCUCAACUUCAUAAUCAUCAGAGAGUUCAUACAGGAGAAAAGCCUUAUGAAUGCAGUGAAUGUGGGAAAUCUUUUACCCAGAGCACUUACCUUCAUUGUCAUGAGAAACUUCAUACAGGAGAAAAGCCUUACAAAUGCAGUGAAUGUGGGAAAUCUUUUACCGCUAACAACCACCUUCGUAGACAUCAGAGACUUCAUUUAGGAGAAAAGCCUUAUAAAUGCAGUGAAUGUGGGAAGUCUUUUACACGUAGGCCUGCCCUUCGUAAUCAUCAGAUAGAUCAUACAGGAGAAAAGCCUUAUAAAUGCAGUGAAUGUGGGAAAUCUUUUAAAAGUAAGAAUGGUUUCCAAUAUCAUCAGAGAGUUCACACUAGACAAAGCCAUUAUGAGUGUAAUUAAUGUGAGGUAUCUCUCAGGUAUAUUUCUAAAUUUGCUCUCCACAUAAAAGUCCAA